AGUUUCCCGUGUGACCCAGCUGGAAUUUGUGGUUGUUUGCGCUGCUGAGUUUACCGUGUUCUUGGAUGUACAGGACGGGACAGGACGUUGUGUUGUCUUCCUGUUGUCGGUUGCUGUCAGUUUGUGUGUGUCGGCUUUAAAGGGGGGCUCUCACACUUACACAUGGCGAGCUGACGUCGACAGCGUCGCGUCCUGUUUCUGUGGUUGUUCCUGCGGCGUUGCGAUAAACUGCGCUGGUCGUUAUCCACCACACUGCCUAGAUGGGAGUUAGGAGUAAACUGUGAGGAGGCGAGUGUCUGAAAUGUUCUUCAGGGGUGGAUGAGAGGAGAGGAAAGGGGGAGGCACCUGUGUGACAGGCUACCGCGGUGUCAAGUUUGCGUUAAUCACGGUUUCAGACAUAUUUGUCAAGCGGAGAAGGCACCAGCGGAUCAGCUCCAGCCGCGGCUCCGAGCCAGACUCUGACUCCGUGUUGUCGUGGACUGAACCUGUGCGGUGAGUCCACCGAGCACAGCUGUACCGCCCUCACCUGACACGUUUAAACUCCUCAACUUCAGCUGGUGAGCUGCGACUGUCCCCUGUUUUGUGUCCCAGUGCACCUGCAUGUACCGUGGACAGCCCUGGCCCAUCGGACAGGCGCUGUGCUCAGAGACUGUGCUGCACUAGGAGAACCCAUGGCUUCUGGCCCUCUUUCUCCCUCUGUAGGCCGCAGGCUUAGGCUGCUGGAGUUGUUGCUUGGGCCUCUGUUGGUUUUGCUGGUUUCUGGGCUGAGACCAGCACUGGGAGAGAAGGUCUACACCAACACAUGGGCUGUGCACAUACCUGGAGGUCAGGAGGAAGCUGAUCGCAUUGCCAAUAAGCAUGGGUUCAUCAACCACGGGCAUGUGUUUGGUGAUUAUUAUCACUUCCGGCAUCGUGCAGUGGUGAAGAGAUCGCUGUCAAAUCACAGGUUGACACAAGUCCGUCUGGAAAGAGAUCCCAAGGUCAUUUGGGCAGAGCAACAGGUGUCCAAACGAAGGAAAAAGAGGGAUGUCUAUGCAGAACCAUUAGAUCCCAAGUUCAGAGAUCAGUGGUACCUGUAUAACAGCAACCACCGUGAUUUGAAUGCCAAAGCUGCCUGGCAGUCGGGCUACACAGGUAAAGGUGUGGUGGUAUCCAUCCUGGAUGAUGGAAUAGAGAAGAACCAUCCUGACCUGAUGCAGAACUAUGACCCAGAUGCCAGCUAUGAUGUGAACGAUGGCGACCCGGAUCCUCAGCCCCGAUACACGCAGCUUAAUGACAACAGGCAUGGAACACGAUGUGCAGGAGAAGUGGCAGCAGCAGCCAACAACGGGAUCUGUGGGGUUGGUGUGGCCUACAAUGCCAAGAUCGGAGGUGUGCGUAUGCUGGACGGUGAGGUGACUGACAUGGUGGAGGCCCAGUCUCUCAGUCUCAAUCCCCAACACAUCGACAUCUACAGCGCUAGCUGGGGUCCCGAGGACGAUGGCAAAACUGUCGACGGACCUGCCAAACUCGCCAAAGAAGCUUUUCUGCGUGGAGUUACAGAGGGUCGUGGUGGUUUGGGCUCAAUCUUUGUGUGGGCUUCCGGGAAUGGAGGAAGGGAGAAGGAUAGCUGCAACUGCGACGGCUACACCAACAGCAUCUACACCCUGUCCAUCAGCAGCUCCACCCAGAACGGCAACGUUCCCUGGUACAGCGAAGCUUGCUCCUCCACCCUCGCCACUACCUACAGCUCGGGAAACCUCAACGAGAAACAGAUAGUGACUACAGACCUAAAAUCAAAAUGCACAGACUCCCACACAGGCACCUCUGCCUCUGCCCCGCUGGCUGCUGGGAUCAUCGCUCUUGCCCUUGAGGCCAAUAAAAACCUGACCUGGAGGGACAUGCAACAUCUGGUUGUACAAACUUCUAAACCAGCCCACCUGCUCACCAACGACUGGAGAACCAAUGGAGUCGGGCGCAAAGUUAGUCAUUCGUAUGGAUAUGGUCUUCUUGAUGCCAGCGCAAUUGUAGCACUGGCCCAGACAUGGACCAGCGUGGGGCCACAGCAGAAAUGUGUGAUCGCUAUGGUCGGUGAGCCAAGGAACAUUGGCAGCCAUUUAUUGAUCAACAAGAGUGUGGACGCCUGCAUCGGGACUGACAGUUACGUGACCUCAUUAGAGCAUGUCCAGGCCCGUCUCACCCUGUCCUAUAACCGGAGGGGAAACCUUGCUAUCCACCUCAUUAGUCCUGCUGGCACACGCUCCACACUGCUCCACCCCAGGCCUCAUGACUACUCAUCGGAAGGUUUUAACGACUGGGCUUUCAUGACCACCCACGCCUGGGAUGAGAGCCCCACUGGGGACUGGACGCUGGAGAUCGAGAAUGUGGCUGGUGCCAGUGACUAUGGCACCCUGACCCAGUUCAUCCUGGUGCUCUAUGGCACUGGCCCACCAUUGCCUCCGCCUGGCAACAGCAACUGUAAGACCUUGGACCUGAGGCAGAUAUGCAUUGAGUGCAAUGCUGGCUACUACCUCUAUCAGCAGGGCUGUGUGGAGCAGUGUCCACCAGGCUUCUCAGUUGGCUCCCAGCCCCUCAAUUACACAGUGGGAAACCUGAUCACCCCAGCUACUGUCCAAGCCUGCUUGCCCUGCCCACUACCCUGCCUGACCUGCAGCAGCCUCAGCCCUCAGGCCUGCCUGUCCUGUCUCCCUCACCGCUUCCUGGACCCCAUCUCUGGCACCUGUGCGCACCUCAACCAGAUCAUGCGCGAGUCCCCUGGCAGCUUCAUGGUGGGCCCUGGAAACCCGGGAUCGCAGCUCCAGCUCAGCUCCCAGCUACCCAUCACCAUCGCCGUGCUCAGCUGCAUGGCCAUCAUUGCCAUCUUCGCUGGCAUCUUCCUGUUGCUGCAGCUGCGCUCAGGCGCGCUCAUCAAGCUGCCUUCUCUGGAGGCUGGCAACAGCCUCGGGGGCAGCUUCAGUCUUGGGGGAAAUAGGGUGGUGUCAUACCGCGGCAUCCCGACAGUGUGGGGGGAUGAUGGUGUAAAUACAGACUCCGAAAACGAAGAGUUUGACGGCCAAAACGAGAGGACUGCCUUUAUCAAAACACAAAGUGCUCUUUAAUGCCUCACCCACAUCCCUUCUCCACUCUUGCUUUUAAAAUCCUCUCACCCCCAUUUGUCUGAUAAUUCAGGGCUUUGGUAACGGUCCUUCUACAGUCUUUUCUGGGUUUUACUCUUGCUGCGUUUUCAUCCAAGUCCUGCUUCAGGAUCUUGUCUUUCACUCUCCUGUGGGAGACCUGAUAGGAAGCUGCUGUCUCUCAGAGCUCGGGUUGGCCCAAGCUCUGCUUUGUUCACACUUGGGUGCAUUUCUAUUAAACUGGCUCUCUCCCUCCUUUUGCCCUCAAUCACUGACAGUGUCUGUCUGUACAGAGUCCAUUUUCCCCUCCAGCUCCUUUUUCUUACAGUAAACAAGUGAUUAUUAUUUGCUUUCUUCCUCUUUUUUCCUCGUUCCAUCAGUCUCAGUGCAGUAGCCAGACGAGAUUGUUCAGUGCAAGGAGUUGAGAUGUUUGCGUGUGUCUGAAUGAAUGUAUCUUGGUGAUUGAGUGUGUAAAUCUGAUGAACAGUGUAGUGCUCUUUUUCGAGAGGCUAAAGCUGGGCCUGUCACAUUCAACCAAAAAAGGUUAAAAAAAAAAAAUAAUAAAGAAAUGUUUAGGUGAAUGCCAGUCAGUUCAGAAACAUAGAAACAAGUGUUGUUUAGUGACAAAGUCCAAAAUCUGCUCAGAAAAGUGCCACCUACUGUAUCUGUAGUGAUUGACAUUUUUAAAGUGCUUUUUAAGAAUCAGAAGUAUAAUUGGUGACAAGGAAACAUCCAGGCUUUAAUGGUUUAUAAUUGUGUGUUCCCAGUAAAGGACACAAAACAGACUGUCUGAGAGCUUUCUCUAUACGUCAUCGCUGUCAUCUUUUCUUUCAUGAUGACACAGUUACAGUCUGUUUACUUAAAAAGAAUCCAUUAUUCAGUCAGUCAUUCUUUUUAUCUGUAGAGUUACUGUUCUACAUGUGAUGAGGGCUUUAGUUCUUGUGUUGUACACAGUCUGGAAAGAUCGCUGUCAGCCCACCUCAAACUAUGUGACACAACUAGAAAAGCUUCCUCUGGCCUUUUGAAAUUCACUGAACAACUUUUGGUUUGGAAACUAUAAAUUUUCCUGUUUUCAGAACCUCCUGACCAUCACAUGGAAGGGUAAAAAAAAAAAAACAUAAAAGGAGAAAAAUCG